AUGGGCCAGUUCGACCCAUUGACCGUCACUAUUUUGGACCUUUCCGACAGAGGCAUGCACGAGAUCAGCUCGGGUAUCGGGAAAUGUGAGAAUCUAGUGUGGCUCGAUCUGUCGAGGAAUAGGAUCUCUAAAGGUCUAGAGGUCCUCCAGCCCCUAUCGUGCCUUACUCAUCUGGAUCUCUCAAACAACAGGCUGGCUAAAUUAUAUUUGGUCGAAGCUUAUCGCGUAGGAACUAUCGCGGACUUGUCUGGAGUAUCGGGAUGCCCGCAACUAGAGAGCCUCUCGAUUAGAGGAUGCCCUCUAGCUAAGGAGGUAGUAUGCGGAGAAGGCUGCUGGACACAUUGUGCCGUCUGGUGGCGCUACUCUGCGAUGAUGGCUGGGCUUGAUGCCUCGACUGCUGGUCUCAGUGAUGCGGGUACUGGACUUGUUCAUCCUAAAUACGGUGGAGCUGGAGACCUGCCGGACCUGCGGCCUGAGGAUGUACAGCACUUCUCUGCCCUGAUACAGGGUGGAGAGACUGAUGAUAACCUGAGCCCAGAGGAGGCUAAGGAGAGGAAGGUCAUGGCCUUGCUGUUGAAGGUUAAGAAUGGCACGCCACAGAUGCGCAAGAUGGCUAUGAGGGAGAUCACGGAGCGGGCGAAGCAGUUCGGGCCGGAUGCCUUGUUCAACCAAAUCCUCCCUCUGCUUAUGAGCACCACUCUGGAAGAUCAGGAACGGCAUCUGUUGGUGAAGGUCAUUGACCGUGUUCUCCACAAGCUGGACGAUAUGGUCCGUCCCUACGUCCAUAAGAUACUGGUCGUCAUUGAGCCUCUAUUGAUUGAUGAGGACUACUUUGCUCGAGUGGAGGGACGAGAGAUCAUCUCCAAUCUGUCUAAAGCAGCUGGCUUGGCUACGAUGAUCGCGACUAUGAGACCAGAUAUUGACCAUCCCGAUGAGUAUGUCCGUAAUACGACUGCUAGGGCGUUCGCUGUGGUGGCGAGUGCCCUUGGUGUGCCGCAGAUUAUGCUUUUCUUGAAGGCUGUAUGCCAGAGUAAGAAGAGUUGGCAGGCGCGACACACAGGCAUCAAGAUUGUGCAGCAAAUAGCCCUUCUGAUGGGCUGUGGAGUGCUAUCUUACUUGAAGCAACUUGUCGAUAUAGUGCAGUUUGGAUUGGGUGAUGAACAGCAGAAGGUCCGUACAAUCACGGCGUUGGCUCUUGCUGCUCUGGCCGAGGCUGCAUUCCCGUAUGGUAUUGAGUGCUUUGACAGUGUCCUUAGGCCGUUAUGGCGAGGUAUCUGUGAGCACCGCGGUAAGGGACUGGCGGCGUUCCUCAAGGCCAUUGGGUACAUCAUCCCUUUGAUGGACGCGGAGCAUGCUAACUACUAUACCCGGGAGGUUAUGAUCAUCUUGGUGCGAGAGUUCUCAACUCCUGAUGAGGAGAUGAAGAAGAUCGUGUUGAAAGUGGUGAAGCAAUGCGUGGCGACAGAGGGUGUUGAGGCAGCUUAUGUUCGAGAGGAUAUCCUUCCACCCUUCUUCAGGAACUUCUGGGUGGUCCGCAUGGCAGCUGAUCGGAGGAACUAUAGACAGUUGGUGGACACCACUGUGGAGUUGGCAAGGAAAGUGGGCGGAGCGGAGAUUGUCCAGAGGAUUGCCGAAGAUUUGAAGGAUAACAAUGAAGCGUAUCGCCGAAUGGUCAUGGAAACCAUCGAGAAGAUUGUGGAUGAAAUGGGCGUCCAGGAUGUUGACUCACGUCUUGAAGAACAAAUCGUCGAUGGGAUGCUGUAUGCCUUCCAAGAGCAGUCGUCUGACGAUACUGAAACUAUGCUUAAUGGGUUUGGGACUAUAGUCAACUGUUUGGGGGUACGUAUCAAGCCGUACUUGCCACAGAUCGCUGGUAUAAUCCGGUGGAGAUUGAAUACUCCUAGUGCAAGGGUACGUCAACAAGCAGCCGAUCUGAUAGCACGCAUAGCUGGCGUUAUGAAGCUGUGUGAGAGGGAACAGAUGUUGGGUCACUUUGGUCUCUUCCUGUAUGAGUAUCUCGGUGAGGAGUACCCAGAGGUGCUCGGAUCGAUCCUGGGUGCAUGGAAGGCCAUCGUGAACGUCAUCGGUAUGACCAAGAUGGCUCCGCCAAUCAAAGAUCUGUUGCCGCGGUUAACACCCAUUCUGAAGAAUCGUCAUGAGAAAGUUGAAGAGAACUGUAUUGAUCUCAUCGGUCGAAUCGCUGACCGUGGUGCGGAUCUGGCUCCCCCUAGAGAAUGGAAUAGGAUCUGCUUUGACUUACUGGAGCUCCUUAAGGCUCAGAAGAAGGGCAUCAGGAGAGCUGCUGUCAAUACUUUCGGGUACAUCGCCAAGGCCAUUGGUCCUCAUGAUGUGAUCGCUACUUUGCUCAACAACCUCAAGGUUCAGGAACGACAGUUGAGGGUGUGCACAACUGUGGCAAUUGGUAUUGUGGCGGAGACAUGUGGUCCCUUCACUGUACUGCCGGCCAUAAUGAACGAGUACAAGGUCCCAGAGCUCCACGUCCAGAACGGUAUCCUCAAGAGUCUGUCAUUCAUGUUCGAGUAUAUUGGUGAGAUGGGUAAGGACUAUGUUCACGCGGUGACACCCUUGUUUGAGGACGCCCUCAUCGAUAGGGACCUAGUCCAUCGGCAGACGGCUACCUGGGCGGUGAAGCAUAUGGCAUUGGGUGUGCAUGCUCUUGGUCAGGAGGAGUGUCUGGAGCAUUUGAUGAACUACAUCUUCCCUAACAUCUUCGAGACCGCGCCUCAUAUGAUACAGGCUUUCUUUGAUGCAAUGGAUGCAAUGCGAGUCAGUAUAGGGCCUUGUCGAGUCCUCCAGUACGUCGUUCAAGGGUUGUGGCAUCCGGCUCGACGAGUGAGGGAGUGCUACUGGCGGGUGUAUAACUCACUUUAUAUUGGUGCCGAGGAUGCCCUGGUCGCCUUCUACCCCCGGGUACCACUCACUUGGGACGGUCAGGAUGAGGAACAGGACCAUCCGGAAGUACCCAAGUUGGGACCGUGA